AUGGUAUCAGACGACGCGUUCGAUCCGUGCCGUGCUUCCGCUUCCUCUGCCGCCGCCGCAUCGGCCUUCGCCGCCGUGCCGCCUCCGUCAACCCCGGCGACGGAAUCGCCGUUCAUGGCGUCCGCUCCGCUCGCCUGGGCCCGUCCGGCCCCAUCGGGAUCGCACCCGCCAGCACCCCGAUCGCCGCUCGCCCGUGAUGCGUCGCUUCCUCGUGAUGCAGCCCUGGCGUCGAACUCCUAUGAUCCAGCGCAGCCACCCCGUGAUGGAUCUCUGGAGGUAAACUACGGUGCCUCUAUGCGGCUUCCGUACGGUGCGCCGCCGCCGGCUUCAGGCCUUCGUGGUGCCCCCGUCCAGGUGCCCUACGGCGGGCCGUAUCCAGCGCCGUACGUCGCUCCGUCGUCGCCGUACGUCGCGUCGGCGCCGUAUGCUUCGUCCUCCGUGGUGCCCUAUGAGUUGCCGUAUGGCGCGCCCUACGCUGCCCCUGUGCCGUACGUCGCGCCGCUGCAGCCCUACGGCCUCUCCGCACCGGUGGCUGAACCAGGACCUUUCCACUUUGCUCACCUGGUGACGGUGAAGCUCUCUGCUGACAACUACCUCCUGUGGCGCGCUCAGGUGUUGCCGCUGAUGCGUAGUCACUACCUUGAGGGGUAUGUCGAUGGUACGCUGCCGUGUCCCCCGGCCAUGGUUCCGGUGCCGUCGGCCGCUGGUGGCUCCGUCAUGGUGUCCAACCCUGCUCAUCGUCGGUGGAUCGCUCAGGAUCAAGCUAUUCUGGGUGCCAUUCAGUCCUCGCUCACACCCUCCGUGGCCGGCAUGGUGGUCUUUGCCGCGACGUCGAGGGAUGCAUGGGCCACGCUCGACUCCAGCUUUUCCUCGCAGUCGCUGACCCGUUCCUCUGCCAUUCGUAACCAGCUGGGUGAGGUCAAGAAAAAUGACCUCUCCGUCACGGCCUUCUUCAACAAGGUCAAAAGUUUGGCUGAUACACUGUCGUCUAUUGGGAAGCCCCUCUUCGUGAUGAGGAGUUUACUUCGUUCAUUCUCAAUGGGCUUGAUGAGGACUAUGAUUCUCUCGUUGAAAACAUUAAUGGACGUGACACACCGAUGCCGCCUCGCGAUCUCUAUGCACGCCUUCUCAACACCGAACAGAGGCUCGCUGCUCGCCGCUCCGUUGGCGUCUACACGGAGGGCCCUUCUGCAAACGCUGCUCUCCGCGGGGGCGCCCGUGGUGCCAAGCAGAAGGCGCCGCCGACCUCAGGGCAAUGAGAAGCAAGCUGCUCUCGCUACACCGGAUCCCGGGUUCACUCCUUCAUACUCGGUGGAUCCUGCCUGGUACAUGGAUACGGGCGCUACGGACCAUUUGACGAGUCAGCUUGACAAGCUGGCCACUCGCCAGCCCUACGCCGGUCACGACCAGGUCCGCACGGCCAAUGGAUCAGGGACUGGACGAGGCGCUCGACUUGAGCUUCUGGAUGAUGAUAUGGCCACAACUGCGCCAGUUGCUGCUACGCCGGAUGAGGCGCUCGACGAGGCUGCCCCCGCCACUACCCCGCUUGACCCCGACGUCGAUCACGCGUGCAUGCCCCAUGCACGAGGAUCCGACGGGGUGACCAAGUCGCCGGGGCCAGCGGCCUCGCUGUCGCCUGGGCCGGCCGAACCUGCGGAGCUGUCGGCCGACCGGCUGGACCCGCGGCGCUCUCCCCUGAGCCGGAGGCCUUGCAGGUCACCGAGUCUUCGUCGCCUGCGACCUGAGGUGACUAUGUACAUUCUGGUAUAUGUUGAUGACAUCAUCCUUGUCAGUUCGUCUGCUUCUGCUACGGAUCGGCUUGUGUCCUCUCUUGGUGCUGAGUUUGCUGUUAAGGAUCUUGGGAGACUGCAUUAUUUUCUGGGCCUAGAGGUUCUUCAUUCUGAUGGUGGCUUGACUCUUACUCAGAAGAAGUACUCUCAGGAUCUCCUGCGUCGUGCCGGUAUGUUGCAGUGCAAGUCUGCUACGACUCCCAUGUCUGCUACAGACAAACUGACAGCUCUUGCUGGUGACUUGCUUGCUCCUGAGGAUGCCACAGAGUACGCAGCAUUGUGGGUGGACUGCAGUACUUGCUCAUUACUCGACCAGACAUAUCAUUUGCAGUUAACCGUGUGUGCCAGUAUCUUCAUACACCACGUGCUCCUCACUGGUCAGCUGUUAAGCGCAUCUUGCGCUAUGUUCGUCACACUGGUUCAUAUGGUCUCCAUCUUCAGCCUGCGCGUUCUGGACUGA